AUGUCAUUCACGCCCUCGACACCUCUCAUCGUUGUAGUCAGUGCCCUGGGCGCACAAGGAGCCAGCGUGGUGUCGGCGUACCUCCAAUCCAGCGACUACCAGAUCCGAGCCCUAACUUCCGAUCCAUCCUGCGAUGCCGCCGUCCGUCUAGCCGCGAAGAACUCGCGAGUAACAGUUGUCGGAGUCGAUCUCAGUUCGCUCGAAAGCGUUGUCGCUGCCUUUCACGGCGCAUCUUUCAUUUUCGCCCAGACCGUCUUCCGACCGGACACUUUUGCCAGCCAAGGGCCAGCUGCGGCACAGGCACUGGAAGCGAGACACGGGUUGAAUAUUGCUGAGGCUGCAUCGAAGAUCCCGUCGCUGCAGCAUCUGAUAUGGUCCACCCUUCCAGAUGCAUUCGGUGUCAGUCAGGGGAAGUACAAUAUACCGCAUUUUCAAGCGAAAAUCCCAGCGGAACAGUAUCUGCGAAACCCGGACAAUGGCCUAGCUGACAAGACAACCUACCUGCAUGUCGGGUUGUAUGGAUCAAAUGCAGAAAGGUGGCCCUAUCUCCCAGUUUACGUGAAAGGAGCCCAGAAAUAUGUCAUAACUCUGCCAUGCUCUCCCAAUGCUUUGAUCCCGUUUGUGGGAGACGAGUCCGUCAACGUUGGCCUGAUAGUGCAGGCUAUCCUUUCCCAACCAGAAAAGACGCUCGGCAAGUCUGUCUUGGGAGCGUCCGAGUACUUGUCCUGCACAGACUGGGCAUUGGCACUGUCCAAAGCACUGAAGGAUAACGUGACUUUUGCCGAGACGACCUUGGAGUCCUACGAGGCUGUCUGGGGUAUCGCUGGGACAGAGGUUGGGCUCAUGUUUCGGUAUUUCAACGAGGUUCAGCGCGAUGCUAUCUCGGUGCCUGCCAUCAUAACGCCUGCCGAGCUCGGAGUGCAGGAGUCUCUGCGCUCCACGGAGCAGCGUUUGCAAGGCAUGGACUGGAGGGAUAUCCUCAUACAAACUUCUUGA